UCGGUUGUUCACUGAGGCAUUAUUCCCGUCAGUUCUACUCAUUAUUAUUUGCAAAUUUUCCGCGUAAAUUCGCUUACAAUCAAGUUAAGUUAGCCAUAUAAAAUUACCUAAGCGCUAGGUGUUUCUCAAACCGGCUAAACUCAUAUCUGUUCGCCUUCUUUGUCAAAGACAUGAACUCGAACGUGGAGAACCUGCCACCUCAGGUGCUGAGGCUGGUAUAUAAGGAAGUUUCAGCCCUGGCUGCAGACCCCCCGGAGGGGAUUAAAAUUUACCCCAGUGAAGAGGACAUCACAGAGAUCCAGACGGCCAUAGAGGGACCAGAGGGAACCCCUUUCGCCGGAGGAGUUUUCCGGAUGCGUUUAGUCCUGGGGAAGGAUUUCCCAGCUGCACCUCCCAAAGGUUUCUUCCUGACGAAGAUUUUCCACCCAAACGUGGGCCAUAAGGGGGAGAUCUGUGUGAACGUGCUGAAGAGAGACUGGAGAGCAGAACUGGGACUCCGACAUGUUCUACUGACCAUUAAGUGCCUGCUGAUUCACCCUAACCCGGAGUCAGCUCUGAAUGAGGAGGCAGGGAGACUGCUCCUGGAGGACUAUUCCGAGUAUUUUUCCCGCGCUCGCCUCCUUACCGAAAUCCACGCCAUGGGGGGCACCUCGGGGUCCGCCCAGGAGCCCGGCGACGGACCCCAACCCAAAAAACACGCCGGAGACCCCAGCAAACGCGUUGCAGUGGCCAAGAAGAAGACGGAUAAAAAACGGGCCCUCAGACGACUAUAAGAACAAGAGUAAAAAACAAAACAAAACAAAAAACACACACCCAUGUGUUUGUGUAAAUACUGAAA